CUCUCUCUCUCUCUCUCUCUGAUGUCCUAACCAGCCGUCGAAUUUUCAAACCCCUCUCUCUCUCUCUCUCUCUCUGAAAUCUUCCUCCCAGUCCCCACCACCGUUUCGAUUCUCCUCCCUUCAAACCCAGUUCAUACUCCAACUUCACUUCACUAAUCUCUUCUUCUUGCAAAUUCGAAAAGGUCACUGGAAAUUUGUAUUCUUAGCGUAUAGUCAAUAGUCCAUUUUCUUGGUAGCUGGAACAGUCUUUGGACUGUUUCUUGGUGCUAAUCUCAGUUGGGUUUUGAACGAUUUACCAAAAGGGUAUUGUGACUUUGUUAUAGAAAGAAGAUAAAUCAAGAAUUGGUGCACGGUCAGAAUUUUGGGUUUUGAAUCGUAGGGUUUAUGAUCCCUUUGUCUCUUCGCUCUCUACUGAUUAGGGGUUUUCAGUAAGGUAUCAUUAGGUGGCGAUUAGGUAAUAAUAAAUAAAGCACUAUGGGAGCAAAAGACCGUCAAAAUGCUACCGACUCUCCUAAAGCGGAAGUAGGAGAGAUAGACACCAGGGCACCAUUUCAAUCUGUCAAGGAUGCUGUCAAUUUGUUUGGUGAAGGCGCUUUUUCAGGGGAAAAACCUGCAAUCAAGAAGACAAAGCCACAUUCUGCGGAGAGGGUAUUAGCAAAAGAAACACAGCUUCACUUGGCUCAGAAAGAGUUAAAUAAGCUCAAGGAACAACUGCAGAAUGCUGAAGCUACAAAAGCUCAGUCACUUGAAGAGCUUGAAAAGGCUAAAAAGGCAGUUGAUGAACUAACCCAGAAACUCAAAACUGUGACCAAGUCAAAGGAAUCGGCAAUCAAGGCAACAGAAGCUGCAAAGAACAAACUUGCAGAAGCAAACGGUGAUAAUUCUGUGGUAAAUGAUGUUGCCCAGAAACAGGACAUGGAAAAUAAAAGAGAGCAGUACAUGACUCAAAUUGCUGAACUUGAUGCCGCAAAACAAUUGCUGAGGCAGAUGCAUCAGGAGUGUAAUGCGGCCAUGGAAGCAAAAUCUGCUGCCUUCAAGCAAGCAGCAAAUGCUGAGCAAGCAGCCAAAGCAAACACGGAGAAAGCUAGUGAGGUUUCUAAGGAAAUUACUGCUAUACAUCAGGCAAUUGGGCAGGUGAAGGAAGCAACGAUUUUAGUCCAGAAGGAUCAAGAAAAGAUAUUUGCUGAAAAGGAAGUUCAGAAACAGUCGUAUAAAGCUACCCUUGAAGACUCGGCAAAGAAAUUGCUUGCUUUGAAGAAAGAGAUCGAUCCUGAAGUCGCGAAAAAUCUCGAGUCUCAGCUGGCUGAGACGGUGAAUGAGAUUGGAUCCCUCAAAAAAGAAACGGAAAAUGCGAAGGCUUCGGAUCUUGAUUCUGUUAGAACAGUCACUUUAGAACUGGAUGAUGCUAAGGAGUCGCUUCACAAGGUUGUUGAAGAGGAAAGCUCCCUUAGAACCUUGGUGGAGUCCCUUAAGCUAGAGCUGGAGAAUGUGAAAAGAGAGCAUUUGGAACUAAAGGAGAAGGAAGCGGAAACAGAAUCCAUUGCUGGCAAUCUGCACGUGAAGCUCCGGAAAAGCAAGUCUGAGCUUGAAGCAGCCAUCUUAGAAGAAUCUAAAGUGAGAGGAGCUUCUGAAGAAAUGAUAUCAACACUCCACCAAUUAUCAUCAGAAAAUGAAAACGCUAGAUUGGAAGCGGAAGAGAUGAAAAAGAAAGCUGAAGAAUUAAAGAAGGAAGCAGAGGCCACCAGAAUAACGCUCAAGGAGGCAGAGGAUGUUCUAAAAGUAGCACUGGAAGAAUCUGAGGAAGCAAAAGUGGCUGAGGCAAGCGCGCUUGAUCAGAUCAGAAUUUUGUCUGAGAGAACUCAUGCGGCGCGUGCCUCGACCUCUGAAUCUGGGGCACACAUUACAAUCUCGAGGGAUGAGUUUGAGGCAUUGAGCCGUAAAGUAGAGGAAUCGGAAAAACUAUCGGAAAUGAAAGUGGCGGCUGCAGUAGCUCAGGUGGAAGCUGUGAAAGCUAGUGAACAUGAGGCACUAAAGAGGAUGGAGGCGACUCAGAAGGAGAUUGAGGAUAUGAAAGCUGCGACUCAGGACGCGCUGAAGAAGGCGGAGAUGGCGGAGGCCGCCAAGAAGGCCGUGGAGGGAGAGCUCCGGAGGUGGCGCGACCGGGAGCUGAAGAAGGCAGCUGAUGCCGCUUCUCGGAUUCUUGCUGAGACAGAGAUGUCAACAGAAUCUUCCCCACGCCAUUACCGAAUUCAGAAGCAGAACCUGCCUGAGAAAGUUGUAGCAGCCCAAAAGCUAGAUAAGGAGAACAUUUCAGUAUCUAAGAAAGGGCUUUUACCUAGUUUCAGUGGCAUCUUUCACAGGAAAAAGAAUCAGAUUGAGGGUGGAUCGCCAUCUUAUCUACCUGGUGAGAAGCCGUUUUGAGACGUGUUUUCGCUUUAGUAUUUUUUGUGCAAGUGAGAAUGGUUGAGAGAUAAACGUUUAUACCUUGGUAUUUGUAUAUUUGGUGUUAUUUCGUUUUUUUCGUUAGGCGUUUUAAAUGUGAAAGAUGGAAUUUGGAAGCAGUGGUGUGGUUGGGGUUUAGGAAGAGCGACUUUGAAUGAUGUAGCAACAAGCUAGAACAAUUUGCUUUGGAGAUUUCAGCACAAGAAACUGGCUUUGAAUGGUCUAGCAACACCCUAUAACAAUUUGCUUGGAGAUUUCAGGACA